AUGAAAUUCACCACUUCCACUACCAUGGCCACUGUCUUGGCUGCGACUGCCUCUGCGGCAUCAAUUGAACAUCAACAGCCAAACUUGGUUGCUAGACAGGAGGUUGAGAGAGCUUUGAGUUCGUUGCCAGGGCAAUUCAAUGUUGUCAAGAGAGACGGACUGCCAGACUUGGCGGCUUUGUCAGCUCAUAUCGAAAACUACAGAAUGAAAAGAGAUGCUAUUGACGCUGAAAUCCUUAAGAGGGACUAUGCUAUUGUCACUGAUGUUUUGACUGCAGUUAAUCAAUCUCAAUUAGUACCCAAAAUUUUGGAAUACUUUACUACCAAUCCAAACCUUGAACCUAUUGUAGUUAAUGUCUUGAUUGCCGUUAUGAAGAGUGGUUUGAUCUCGUUGCAAUCUGUUUUGGAUGCUUUGGUCUCUUCCAAUUUGGCGGUUAACGUUGUCAACGAUUUGAUUAGUGAUUGUUCAUUGUAUGCUGAGCUUUUUAAUGCUGCUGCCCAGAUUAUCAGCGGCUUGACUACAAAAGUUGAACAAUUGAUCUCCGAAGGUGUUUCAUCCUUGAUCACCAGAGACUUCAACGAUAACUCUCUUGAUGCUUUUGUUUUCGAUGCCGAAAAGAGAGCAGUUAAUCUUGAUGAUGUUGUAAACAACUUGUUGGACUCAUUGUACCAGUCAGGGUUGGCUACUUCUGUCGUCAAGGAUAUCUUGACAAACUCAAGCUACAUCCCAUUUGCUACAGAUUUGAUCAAGGCAAUGUUGGCCAACAACUUGAUUGACCUUGGAUCAAUCAUUGACGCUUUGAAGCAAUCCGGUUUGAUCACUCAAUUGUUCCAAGACUUGCUUAACUGGGGAACUUUGCAAACUGUCGCUGAAACUGCGUUUGCUGCUUUGGCCGGUAAAUGUAGCGCUUCCAAUGGUGGUUCGGGUACUUCAACUCCAUCCACUGGCAGCAGUGGAAGUGGAUCCAGUAGCGGAAGCGGUUCAGUUACCUCAAACGUCGGUAGUGCUGAUCCAUGCAAGAAGAGAAGAAGAGUCAGAAGAAGAAGAAGAGUCAACUAUUAG